AUGAACUCCAUUUGUGGAAGAAUGAGAUCUUCGAAGAGAGAAAGCUCAUGCACCAAAGUGUCACCAACAUCACCAAACAAUGACCAAACACCAUCAAUUUCAUCAGAAACUAAUAAGAAUUACACAACUAUGAAAACCAUUACAUCUCAAUUUUCUGACAUAGAACAGCAAACCAGCUUAUUAACCCCACCAAGUCUCGACUUCCCAGCUCUCAAAUUCGAGGAGUUGGAUAACGUGAACGAUGUAGAUCAAGCUCAGUCUCCGGACAACACAAUGUGGGAUUCGAUACUCUUCACGGACAACCUCAUCGAUUCGCCGGACUUUAUGAUCAUGUCACCGGUCAGAAACAUGCCGUCGCCGCUGGCCUCUUCUUCUUACAAUAACAAUUAUAACUAUAUUUCGAUGCAGCAGGGGCAAAGCCUCUCUGGUUGCUCGCCACCGCGCUAUUCUUCGUCUCCUCUCGGAAAUUUCAGUAGCAGCAGCAGCAGCCAGAAAGGUAAAGGACUUAGUCCACUCCAUAAGGUGGUGAGCUCAGUGAACAACCAAUAUAUUCAGCAGCAGCAACAGCAGCCAGAUGUUAGCCUUGCUCUUCCGGCCAUUGAAGAGCUUUUGGAGGAUUUCAUUAACCAAAACAAUUCGACAACAACGUUAACAAGGAUGUCGGAUAUCAUAUAUGGAAUAUCGUCCUCGUCGCUCUCUAACUGUCAUGACAUACCGAAUAGUAGUUCUGUUUCGAAUUCUCUAAGCUUUUGUGGUUCGGCGUGUGAUGAGGCUGAGGCUGCAGCUUCGUCGGGUGUCGGUAUCACUACUACCUGUCAUCAUCGUCGAAUGACGACGACCACGAACCAAGGCACGGGUAGUUCUAACAACAUGAGUAGUGCCUAUAGUGAUCAAAUGUUGACUAAUUCUACUACUGUUCCGUUCUCGGCACCGUUAUCGCAGCAGUUGCAGCUAGAACGACAGCAAGAGAAGAAUCAUAUUCUUCAUCACAACAUGCACCAUACUAAUAAUCUCAUGCUGCAGCCUCCUCUUAUGGAACAGGAACAAGACAGUGGGCUUCAACUGGUGCACCUUCUUCUAGCUUGUGCUGAAGCAGUGGCUAAAGAGGAGUACAUGUUGGCUAGGAGGUUUCUCCACACCCUCAACAGCGUGGUCACACCUCUCGGAGACUCCAUGCAACGUGUCGCUGCUUGCUUCACCGAAGCCUUGUCAGCCCGGCUAGCCGCAACUCUCACCACACCCUCAAUAGCCUCCAGCUCUAACUCAAAAGCCUUCUCUUCUUUUCCACCAAACUCCAUCGAAGUCCUAAAGAUAUACCAGAUAGUCUACCAAGCUUGUCCUUACAUAAAAUUCGCUCACUUCACCGCCAACCAAGCCAUCUUCGAGGCCUUUGAGACCGAAGCACGCGUCCAUGUCAUCGACCUCGACAUCCUCCAAGGAUAUCAAUGGCCAGCUUUCAUGCAAGCCUUGUCUGCUCGAUCCGGAGGCUCCCCAUUUCUCCGAAUAACCGGAGUUGGAUCCUCCUUGGACUCGGUUCGCGAAACUGGUCGCUGCUUGACCGAGCUAGCUCACUCUCUCCAAGUCCCUUUCGAGUUCCACGCCGUGGGAGAGCAACUCGAAGAUCUCAAACCCCACAUGUUCCAGCGCCGGGUUGGCGAGGCCUUGGCGGUCAACUCGGUCAACCGGCUCCACCGUGUCCCGGGCAAUUUCCUUGGAAACUUACUAGCCAUGAUCAGAGACCAAGCGCCAAACAUAGUGACUUUAGUGGAGCAAGAAGCGAGCCACAACGGGCCUUACUUUCUCGGCAGGUUCCUCGAGGCGUUGCACUACUACUCGGCGAUAUUCGACUCGUUGGACGCAACGUUCCCGGCGGAGUCUGCGCAGAGAGCUAAGGUUGAGCAGUACAUCUUCGCACCGGAGAUUCGGAACAUCGUGGCGUUCGAGGGUCCGGAGAGGAUUGAAAGGCACGAGAGGUUGGACAAGUGGCGGAAACUGAUGGAAGGGAAGGGUUUCAAAGGGGUGCCACUCAGUGCCAACGCCGUGACUCAGUCGAAAAUACUUCUCGGACUCUACUCUUGCGAAGGUUAUAGGUUGACGGAGGAUAAUGGUUGCUUGCUCUUAGGGUGGAUGGAUAGGCCUCUCAUUGCUGCUUCUGCAUGGCGAUGCUGAUUAUUAUGAGUGAUUAUAUUAAUCAUCAUCGCCAUUAGUGGACUUUUUUAAGGUUUUAGUACGUGUGUACUUGUUCAUUUGGACUACUCUACUUGAUUUAGUUACAAAGUUUUAUGUCAUCAGAUCAUUAUCAUAUUGGACCAAUAGUAAGCUAUAGCCUAUUGAAGUUUAGCCAAGAAGAAGAAGGAAAGGUAAGUAUAUAUGUGAGAAUUCUUUUGGUCAAUAUUAAAUACAAAUAUAUGUGUUUAUUUUUUUAUUGAUGUAUUGUUUUAAUUUAUUGAAUAAUGGGGAUUAGUAAUGAUAAGUUUCUCCCCAAGUGGAAACUAGUUUAUAAUACAUAUUGUCCAGCACGAUG